GACAAGCCUGACUUCUGUUUGGAGUGUAGUGGAGUGCAACCGGGCCUGGGUUCAAUCGCCGCAAGGCUUGCCAGGGACAAUACAGGAGGUCAGAGCGUGUCAAAACACACCAGCGAAUCACAUUUCACAGUGGUUAGGUCCUGGCACGAAGAAAGACGGGCCAGGAGUGAAAAUUUAAAUAUUCCAGGGCUGGUUUAUACAUUCUGUGGCUGUUUGUUGAGCUAAGCGUCAGGCAGAAGAUUUAGCUGCGCGCUCUGAACCGUCCGAGAGAGAGAAAGGCAGCAGUCGCUGCCAGAGGGUCGUGCCCCAAAGGAGGAAGUCGUGCAACGAGACAAGGACUUCUGUCUGUGGGUGGAUUUAGAUUCCAGAUUCCGUUUUUCUUCUCCUGUGCAUUUGGGGAGCUGAGACUUUUCCAGGCAAGUUCGAUCGAUUGGCCGCAACUUUGGGGAGCUAUCUCGAGGAUAUCACUGUUUCUACUAUAAGGCUUCCGGAGCUGUCUGUCGUUAAUAUCAGCAUUUAGUAUACGUACUAGUACAUGCAGGCCGCGACGGAAUAUCACGGAAGGACACAGCAUAUAAGAGUUGACAUAUGUACAGAGGGACUUUUAAGGACUCGAGGACGAUGGAAAUGGAGGAUUUUGAGAAGACAGUUGCAGACGAGGCACCAGGGAGGCCCACUGCUUUCUCCCUUCCCCCGCUGUCAACAGAGCUGAGCAGGGCUUGGGCUCCAAACACUACCUGGAACUUCACACUGAACGACACGGUCUCACUUCCCGAGGAAGAUGGCGGGAUCACCAGCACAGUCAUGGACGUGGUGGUCACGAUUACCGUCUGUCUUAUCCUGGUGGCCAUGGGCUGUACCCUCGACUUGCAGGCCAUGCUGAAGUAUAUCAAGAGGCCGUACGGGAUAGCGGUGGGAGUCAUGUCGCAGUUCGUCAUCAUGCCGCUAGUGGCGUUUCUGUUGUGCCUAGCCUUUCAGUUGGAGCCAGCCCGCGCUCUGUCCGUCCUGGUGGUCGGUACCUGUCCGGGCGGUCACAUGUCCAACCUUCUGGUGUACUGGCUGGACGGAGACAUCAACCUCAGUAUCUGCAUGACGACAGUGUCCACCGCCCUGGCCAUGGGCCUGAUGCCGCUGUGUCUGUGGAUCUACAGUAAACCGUUCACAACCGCCACGACGGUCGUCCCUUACGGCAAGAUAGUCAUCGCCCUCGUCACCAUCAUCAUCCCUGUUAGUGUCGGCAUCUUUCUCAAGUACAAGUCUCCGAAAGGGGCCAGGUUGUUUUUGAAGAUUGGCGGCAUAUUCGGCAUCGUCAUCAUCCUAGCCAGCGCGGUGCUUGGUGGGAUAGCCUACAAGGACAUGUGGACCGGACCUCCCGCCAUUUUCCUCAUCGCCUUCGUCUUCCCCACGAUUGGCUACUCCUUCGGUUACGUCAUCGCCUGGCUCUUCCGUAUGGAGGACACCCUCCGGAAAACCGUGUGCAUCGAGACGGGGACGCAGAACAUCGGGAUCGCCCUGUCGAUUUUAAAGUUGACAUUUGCUCCAGAACUAGCGAGUAAGAUUAUCCUGUUCCCCAUGCUGUACGCCACUUUCCAGGGCACAGAGGCGAUGAUACUAGUGGUGUCCUACCAGAUCUGGAAAAGGAAGUGUAAAGCCGUAGAAGAGAAGGAAGAGAAAGAGACAGCCGAUGAAGCAAAGCAGGAAACCCUACUUGACGAUGCGAUGACCAAGGAUGAAGACGUGUACGAAUUCGUUACUGCUCUGUGACAUGCCACUCUGUUCUUAGCUUGAAA